CGCAAGCGUCCUCGAGAUGGCGGACAAGAAGGCCGCGCCUCGCCGCUUCGCUCCCAACCUGAACGCACGGCGCGACAAGAAGGAGCGCGACGCGAGCCACGCCCUCCACCGGCUGCUGUAUGACGGCUCUGAGGCUGCUGAGGCUCAAAGCACCGGCAGAGGCAGGGGCGGCCGCGGCAAGGGCGACGGCCGCGGCAAGGGCGACGGCCGCGGAGGCAGUUCGAGCGGCGCCAGCAGCGGCCGAGGCGGGAUCCAAGGAGGCGUCGGCGGAAAUGCCGGCGGUGCCGGUAGCCCCCGGCGCAGCGGUGCCGCCGCAGCCUCCUCGUCCGCUGCAGCCGCCUCCUCCUCUGCCGACCUUUCGCGGACCGGCGGCUACCAGCUCAAGACGAUCAAGAUCGAGGAGGACGAGGUCGACGACCCCGGUGGUCGCGCGAGCGGUCGCGCGAGCGCCGACAUCGAAGACGGGCCGGCGUCAUCGGAGUGGCUCCUCGGCACGGACGCCCCGAUCGCGCUGCCGCUGCGCCCGUCUGCGGCCGCCCUCGCGCGCACUCCUGCCACCGCCGCUGAGGCCCCUGCCAAGGCCCCCUUCCCGGCUGGCUCUGCCGCUGCGGCGAUGCUCUGCGACGAGGCGGGGGCGCUGGUCGGCGAAGGAGGCAGCAAGCUCCUCUUCCUGCAACUGCCGACCGCGCUGCCUCUCCCCAAGCCGUCGGCGGGCGGCGGCGGCGACCCCCCGCCCGUCAAGGCGAGCGAGUUCCUCGCCGCUCUCUCGCACGCCAGCGACUACGCCGACCCCGCCGCCGACACCGGCCUCGCGACCGCCAGGCAGCUCUUUGACGACGACGCGGCGGCGGCGGGCUUGCGGGGCGAGGUGGAGGUGUACCGCUCGGGCAAGGUGGUGCUGCGCGUGGGCGGCGUCGGCCUCACCGUCCAGCCGGGCGCCGCCUGCUCCUUUGAGCAGGAGCUCGCAUGCCUCGUCCCCGCCGCCGCCCCUGCGAAGGCGCCCGCGCCCGGGGACGACGACGAGGAGCCGCCGCCGCCGGUCGACCUGCACCGGGUCGGGCGGGUGCACCAGCGGCUCGUCGUGACGCCGGAUGUGCCCGCGCUCCUCGAGCAGGUGAGGGAGGAGAGGAGGGCGGUCGCGGCCGCGCCCCCCAGCUUGCCUGCCGCCGCCCUUGCCAAGCCCAAGGUCAAGGCCGGACGGCCGUGA